AUGGCGGUCACCGGCUUCAUCCACCACAUUGGCACGUUCUUGCUGUUUACAGCAACGAUCCUGCUCAUCAUCACGACCAUUACAGCGCCUGUCGUGAACGACAUCGGCAUCCUGAAGGUCACCCUGAGCAAUGCCACAAAUGACCACUACUCGGAAGUGUCGUUUGGCACCUUUGGUUACUGUGUGCUAAACACUGCCGAUGAUGACCAUGAUUAUUGCUCACGUCACACUAUUGGGUACCAUCCCGCCGAUCUAUUGACCAACCUGGAGGAAACCUCCUACUCCGACUACAGCCGCAAGGUCACCUAUGGUCUCACCAAGGUCAUGAUCCUCCACCCCAUCGCGGCGGGCAUAGCCUUCAUUGCAUUCCUCAUGGCCGCUGGGUCCGGCUUCUUCGGGUCCCUGCUUGCGGCCUUCACCUCGCUCGCCGCGUUUGUCGUGACCGUAGUCGCGCUCAUCUGCGACUUUGUCCUGUUCGCCCUUAUUCGUGACAAUGUCAACGACCAGGACAACAACUCGCACGCCUACUACAGCGCCGGCAUCUGGACCAUCCUGAUCGCCGGCAUCUGCUCGCUGCUCGGCGCCAUCAUCGUCUUCUUCACGUGCUGCUCCGCACGCCUGCACAAGAGGAGGAGCAGCCGCCAUGCUUCCACCGUCCCCAAGAACGACUACGGUGCUGCGACGACGACUCGCCGCAGGCGGAGGUGGUUUUAA